AUCUGUUCGUUUUUGCUCUAGGUGCGAGAAGAUGUAUUAAACUCCUUGAAUAACAACUUUUUACAAACACUAAACCAAGCGUGGAAUGAUCAUCAGACAGCAAUGGUGAUGAUUAGAGACAUUCUGAUGUAUAUGGACCGUGUCUACGUACAACAAAAUAACGUGGAGAAUGUCUACAAUUUGGGUUUGAUUAUUUUUCGAGAUCAAGUUGUACGUUAUGGCUGUAUUAGAGAUCACUUACGGCAAACUCUGCUGGAUAUGAUUGCAAGAGAAAGGAAAGGAGAGGUUGUAGACAGAGGCGCAAUAAGAAAUGCUUGCCAGAUGUUAAUGAUUCUAGGUCUUGAAGGAAGGUCAGUCUAUGAAGAAGACUUUGAGGCUCCGUUUUUGGAGAUGUCUGCAGAAUUUUUUCAGAUGGAAAGUCAGAAAUUUUUAGCUGAAAACAGUGCUUCUGUAUAUAUAAAGAAAGUAGAAGCUAGAAUUAAUGAAGAAAUAGAACGGGUGAUGCACUGUCUGGAUAAAUCAACAGAAGAGCCAAUUGUGAAAGUUGUUGAGAGGGAGCUUAUUUCCAAGCAUAUGAAAACUAUAGUGGAAAUGGAGAACUCUGGGCUAGUUCAUAUGCUGAAAAAUGGGAAGACAGAAGGUAAGACUGUAUCAUGUGGGAGACAGAAAUGCUUAUCAUACUGCUUGUUUUUUUUAAACAUAGGAUGAACUGAGCUUAACUUU